AAUACAGCUAAGUAUAAGAUAACAUGUGGGAUUCCAUUCUUAUGGAAUCACCAUCAAACUUCUUCAAUUCCUUUCAAAAAAAAAAACUUAAAGAUUAAAAAUUUAUUCCCACCACCACCAAUUUUUUAAAAAACUUCAACCCAGAAAAAAAAAAUUGUAUCUUUUUUAUUUUAUUAUUUUAUUAUUUACCCCCCACAACUAUAUACUAUAAUAUUUAUAAAAAAUUUAAACUUUGUAAAAGAUUUUAUCAAAUCAAAAUCACAUCUCUAUCUUUCUCUCUCCUCUUCAUAUGAGAUUAGACAGAAGAGAAAUAGUAGAGAGAGAAAGAAAAUAAAAAUAAAAAUAAAAAAGGGAAAGUUAUUGAUUGAUUAGAGCAUGUCCGAAGGAGUAGCAGUUGAGGAAGAAAAUCAAAAGGGUGAAGAAGAAAAACCUUGUUUUAUUUCUAAUCAUCAUCAUCAUAAUUAUAAUCAUCAUCAAAUUCCAAGAGUUAGGGAGCUACAAUCAGGUGUGACGCAGCUACACCAUACAAUUUUUGACCCUUGUUCAUCAACGUUCAUGGACCUUGAUUUUGGUGAUCUAGAUGCUUCUUGGUCGUUUGAUCAGAUCCCAACUUCUCCAGUUUUAAUAAAUGGUUCUGAUCAGCCUUUUUCACCUCUUUGGGCUUUUGCUGAUGGUGGGCCCGCCGCAGUUAAUUUUUCCGAUGAACGGAAUUUACCCGGAAUCCGGAUUCCUAUAUCUUGUGGUAAUCCAAGUGAAAAUGGUGGGGAGGUAGGUGAUGAUGGUGAUGAUAAGAAGAAGAUUUCGAGUCCGGGUUUAGGAUUUACACCUCUAGAUAACUUUGAUGUAUCAUUUAUAAUCAAAGAGAGGAUGACACAGGCGCUUCGGUAUUUCAAAGAAUCAACUGAACAAAAUCAGAUUUUAGCUCAGAUUUGGGCACCUGUAAAGAGUGGGGAUCAUUAUGUGUUAACAACUUCAGGGCAACCCUUUGUUCUAGGACCACAUAGUAAUGGUUUGAAUCAGUAUAGGACUGUUUCUUUGAUGUAUAUGUUCUCUGUUGAUGGCGAGAGUGUAACAACUCUCGGUUUGCCUGGCCGUGUUUUUAGACAAAAGUUGCCCGAGUGGACACCCAAUGUGCAGUAUUACACCAGCAAAGAAUAUCCCAGGGUUAAUCAUGCCAAGCAUUAUAACGUUAGAGGAACCUUGGCUUUGCCUGUCCUUGAACCGUCAGGGCAGUCCUGUGUUGGUGUGCUUGAACUUAUAAUGACUUCGCAGAAGAUCAACUAUGCUCCUGAGGUUGAUAAAGUCUGCAAGGCUCUUGAGGCAGUAAAUCUGAAGAGCUCAGAGAUACUGGAUCAUCCCAACAUCCAGAUCUGCAAUGAAGGUCGCCAAAAUGCACUUGCGGAAAUAUUGGAAGUACUGACAGAGGUAUGUGAAACUUAUAAAAUACCUCUGGCACAAACUUGGGUGCCUUGCAGGCAUAGGAGUGUUCUAGCCUAUGGUGGUGGUCUGAAGAAAAGUUGUUCCAGCUUUGACGGGAGCUGUAUGGGACAAGUAUGCAUGUCCACCACUGAUGUUGCAUUCUAUGUUGUAGAUGCUCAUAUGUGGGGCUUUCGGGAGGCCUGUGCUGAGCAUCACCUUCAGAAAGGGCAGGGUGUUGCUGGGAGGUCAUUUUCAUCCCAUGGUUUAACUUUUUGCCGAGAUAUUUCACAAUUUUGUAAAAUUGAAUACCCGUUGGUGCACUAUGCUCGUAUGUUUAGGUUAACUGGCAGUUUUGCCAUCUGUUUAAGGAGCAAACAUACAGGGGAUGAUGAUUAUAUUCUUGAGUUCUUUCUCCCUCUUAGUUUAACAGACAGUGCAGAGCAGCUUAACUUGCUAGACUCCAUAUUGGCGACAAUGAAGCAGGAUCUUCAGAAUCUAAUGGUUGCUUCUGGGAGAACAUUGGAAGAGGAAAAAAAACAUAUGGAGAUCAUUGAAGUGUCAGUGGAUGAGAAUCUGGGCCUACAACUUGAAUCUAAUUUGUCGACUAAACCUCUACCAGCGACAGAAACAAUAAAUGGUGCACUACCCCCUAUAAAGAAUUCCCAGUCCCAGUUGGUGGAAACAGAUGCUAGAAAUGCAGGAAAGAGUGUUGCUGGAGCUGGGGCGAGCCAGAAUGGAAUCACUACAACAGAACAUAAAGAAACCAAGAAAACCUCAGAAAGAAAGCGCGGAAAAGCUGAAAAACAAAUUAGUUUGGAGGUCCUUCAACAGUAUUUCGCUGGGAGUCUUAAAGAUGCUGCAAAAAGCCUUGGAGUGUGUCCGACAACUAUGAAGCGCAUCUGUAGACAGCAUGGCAUAUCACGCUGGCCAUCCCGCAAGAUCAACAAAGUGAAUCGAUCCCUUACGAAGCUCAAACGAGUGAUUGAGUCAGUCCAAGGUACGGAUGGAACAUUUAGCUUGACUUCCUUAGGUCAACCUACUAUGCCAGUUCCUGUUGGGUCUAUUACAUGGCCUGCCGGUGUGAAUGGGGCUUAUCAGCAACAAUCACCAACCUCUAAACCUGAUGACCUUCCAGAUGAAAGAAGUGAAAUGCCACAGUUUAGUCCUAGAGUUAAUGGGCAGACCAGCGGCAGGGCGGCAUCAAGUCAUGAAGAAAGGAUUCCAGAGCAAAACGGGUUUGUAUCUAAAGCGCCUAGUGGGUCCCGGGAAGUAAGUGCCGGGACAUCAACUUCUCAUGGAUCAUGCCAUGGAAGUCCGGGAACUGAAAGCAAACCGCCAAAUGACCAUUUUAUUCCCAACUUUCAUGAACAUGCGGGUAACUCUAUUGGUCUAUUUUGUCAACAAAAUGGAGAAUUACGUUUACCCUCUGGCUUCUCAAUGCCGGAGGCCCUCCUUGCUGCACAGCAUCCUCAUGAAGCCUUUGGUGGCAUGCUUCUCGAAGAUGCAGGAAGCUCGAAAGAUUUACGAAAUCUUUGUGUCUCAGUUGCUGAGGCCAAUGUGGAUGAAGUCAUACCAGAACAUAGCUGGAUAAACCAGCCUUGUCCAAACCCAUCUCCUAGAUUCGCUAUGAGUGCUGCUGGUAUGACAUCCAGAUUUUCUGCCAGGCCAGAUAUGAAAACUGUUACUAUAAAGGCCACAUUUAGAGAAGAUAUUAUCAGAUUUAGAUUUUCUUUGAACUCUAACAUUGUGGAGUUGAAGGAGGAGGUGGCAAAGAGGUUUAAACUUGAAGUGGGCACAUUUGAGAUAAAAUAUCUGGACGACGAUCACGAGUGGGUCUUAAUAGCUUGUGAUUCAGACCUACAUGAAUGCCUGGAUAUAUCAAAAUCAUCAGGAAGUAAUAUGAUAAGACUGUUGAUUCAGGAUAUAUUUUGUAAUCUGGGGAGUUCGUGUGAAAGCUCGGGAGAAUGAGAAGGUUUUCAUUUGAAGGGAUAGAUACUUCUUGCUUAGGUUGUAACCCAUUCUUGCAGUAGUAUUAGGAUGCUGGAGAAGUGCAGAAUUUGUAGAUUGGUGUAUCAGUCAGUCGGUUGUUUAUGCAAGCUGUAUAUAGUUUGCUGGUAUUAGGGCAAGCAAGAUUGUGGAUGUUGCUCUUUUUUAGCCUUCAGUUUUGCUGAAUUUUGUUCUCAGUUCCUUGUAAUUGUACACAGAACAUUUUUCAGUCAUAUGACAUGGUUUUUUUCCUGGAAAGAAAGAAAACUGGUUUGUACUAAUUACACCAGCAAUUCAACCAACGAUGAAUUAUGGC